UUUUUCUUGGAAAAUGAUGAAAAUGACGAGAAAAAUCUGGCAUCACACCGUAGGCGGUUGCGGAAACAGCUAAAUCCGCUUGAACUAUCAGAUAAAGCGUUUAUUCAAAAUUUUCGAAUUCCAAAGUUGCUGUUUGAGGAAAUUCUUGGCAAAAUAUCGCCGUAUAUUUCCCCAAAACACAACCGAGGCUUAACGGCAACUGAAAAAUUGGCUACUACGUUACGAUUUUUGGCCCAAGGAUCGUACCAACUGGGUGUUGGUAACGAUUAUAAUAUUGCAAUUGGCCAAUCAACAUUCUGUGAAACGUUGGAUCAAACCUUAGCAGUACUAGAGCGUGAACUGGCAUAUGUAAUAAAUAUGGAUCUGACAGAACACGAGAAAUCAGAUGCUAGGAGAUAUUUCUAUUCAAAAUUGCCUGUGCCUGGAGUUGAAAUGUGUAUCGAUGGAACUCAUGUAAGGAUUGUGGCGCCUCGAGAAAACCCGAUACAAUAUUUCAACAGAAAAGGGUUUUACAGCCUUAACGCUUUAAUGAUUUGUGACCAUAGGAAAAUGAUCCGGUUUGUGGACGCUAGGUUCAGUGGCUCGGAUCAUGAUUCUUACAUUUUUAAUAACAGUCCAAUAUAUACAUAUUUAGAACAAAAGUGGAGAAGCGGAGAUCGUAUGUUCAAGAUUCUAGGGGACUCGGCUUAUCCAUCGAAACCGUGGCUGAUAAAACCCCAUAGAAAUGCUGACCCAAAUAGCUCAGAAGCUCUUUUCAACGAACAACAUGCAAAAGCUCGAGCUAUUGUGGAAAGAACAUUCGGCAUGCUAAAAGGGCGAUUUCGAUGCAUAAAUGGUGAAAGGCAACUGCAUUAUGCACCACAAAAAUGCAUUCGCAUUAUUAACGUGUGUUGCAUGUUGCACAACCUUUUGAUUGUAAAUGGUAUUUCCGACGAAAUCAAUUGA